CUUGACGUUGUAAUGGAAAAGGGGGAUUUACAAAAUUGCAGCCAUUCUUUCUUUUAACAAUCCAACUUAAGUCAAUCUUAAUCCAGAUAAGCUCUGUUGUAGUUUGUCUGGUCAAUUCUCGGCCUGAACUUUUAAACGAAGGAGAUUUAGAAGAAAAAAUUCUAUAUUUUACUUGGAUUAGUUUGUUUCUUCAAAUGGCCACUUAAAAUCUCUUUUGUUCAAAAACACAUCCAGCUGCGAUAUUUGAAUGAGAAGAAUCAAAGUGACAGAUUACUUUGAGCGACCCUUUUCCCUAAUUCGGGUCAAAAUUCAAAUUUAUUAAUUUUUACCCUGAACUACUGAUCUAAAUGAUGUUCUAAAUCAGUGGAAACAAAGAGAUUUACGUCUUCAUUUUUACCCCUUUUUUGUUAUUAUAUUUCCGUUUAUAGUAAUUUACUUCCGUUGAAUGAAAUGAUGCGGAAAUUCAAUAUGAAUAAGGCGUGAACAAAUGGACGAAUAAUCACAAAACAUUUGUUGAUGGAAACCGCCUUGAUGACAUUAACCCUUGAUGAAAGUUAAAUUACCUGUCUUACCGAUAUUGCCUAAAAAACUAUCACCAAAAUUAAUUAUUGGUUAAACUUAUUGCUAUAUCCGAACUACGCUUAUCCAGCACUUAUUUUCCUCAAAUUGAGCCCGAAAUCUCAAAUGGGGGAUGCGAAAGAAAACAAGUGAAGAAAAUGUUUUUGACGAGUAUCAUUUUGCCUCUUUUCCUGAUCAGAAGUCGGCUUUCACUGGAGGUGUCGGCUGUCAUUGCAAUUCUCCUCCUGCUCUGUUCCGAAGUUGUUACAUCAGUCAAAACUGAGAAAAAAACUGAUGCCUGGCACGUAGAUCGUCCCAAACGAAAUGACUUCACUUGCAAACUGUGUUCUAUGAGGACAACCAACCCCUGUUUCAUGAACGACGAACUGUCUCUAGACGCCAGAUGCACUGGCAAAGAGAAAUUUUGUCUGACUCUGGUGAGCGAAGACGCCAGUGGAUCCUAUGUACUGUUCAAAGGCUGCGACAGACUCAAUAACUGUUCCAACCCAGGAGUCACGUGGUACAACAAGACAGUGCAGAAGAUAUGUUGCCAGAACAGCAGUCCAGACACGCCAUGUAACCUCCGCAACACACUGCCCAGAAAAGCGUCCACAGUUCCAAACUUAACAACCAGUAGAUUGUAUCAAAAGUCUGCAUUCAGUUUAGCUGUAGCUUUUAGUUUACAAAGAUUGUUUGUUUUAAGAUAAUAUGAUUUGCAAAUGCG